UCCAAGAUCACAGCCUCACGCAAACUCUUGUUGAAGAGUUUGAUGCUGGCAAAAGCGAAGGAGGAGUGGGAUCAGGAGAUUGUGGACAAGCAGUCAGAGAAGGAAAGAUACCUGUCUGAGAGGAUCACACCACUGCACACCAGUGGGCUUUCCCUGAGUCAGCUCCAGGACCUGUGCAGGGAGCUGCACGAGAAGGUUGAAAUUGUGGAUGAAGAGAGAUACGACAUCGAAGCGAAAUGCAACCAUAACACUCGGGAGAUUAAAGAUCUGAAAAUCAAAGUGCUUGAUCUUCGAGGAAAGUUCAAGCGACCCCCCCUGCGGCGAGUCCGCGUCUCUGCUGAUGCCAUGCUGAGGGCUCUGCUGGGCUCCAAGCACAAGGUGUCCAUGGAUCUGAGAGCCAACCUGAAGUCUGUCAAGAAGGAGGACACGGAGAAGGAGCGUCCUGUGGAAGUGGGCGACUGGCGCAAGAACGUGGAGGCAAUGUCGGGGAUGGAGGGGCGAAAGAAGAUGUUCGACGCUGCCAAGUCCCCCACCGGCCAGUGA